AGGAGAGCCAGAGGCUCCGGAGAUAGCGGGCCAGGGAGGGCCGCUCCUCCUUCUCUGGCGGUUUUGCACCUGGUUGCACUUGACCAGAGUUCCCGUUAGAGAUAACGCUGUGGCAAGUGGUGGUGCCUUGAGGCGGUGCAAGGUGGGAAGGGAAGUCGCGGCGGCGGCAGGGACAGCAGUAGUGGUGGUGCUGUCAAGCCGUUGGAGAAAUGGGAGACCCAGGGUCGGAGAUAAUAGAAUCUGCCCCUCCAGCUGGGCCUGAGGCAUCUGAAUCAACAACGGAUGAAAACGAAGAUGACAUUCAGUUUGUUAGUGAAGGACUGUCGAGACCUGUUCUUGAAUACAUUGAUCUGGUUUGUGGUGAUGAGGAAGAGUCUAACAUGCACCAUAGUGAUGUUCUAUUUCCUAAAAUGCCAAAACGACAGGGUGACAUCUUGCACUUUUUAAAUGUGAAGAAGGCUAAAACAGACACAGAAAGUAAUGAUAGGAACAAAAAUCAUUGUGGACUGUCUAAGUCAAAGGAACCAAAUUUAGAAUGUAUUGAACAACCAAUCAUUGAACAAAAGCCAUCAUGUUCAUCAAAGGAAGAAAUAGAUAAUCUUAUGCUUCCAGAUUGUUGGAAUGAAAAACAAGCAUUUAUGUUUACAGAACAGUAUAAGUGGCUUGAAAUUAAAGAAGGUAAAUUAGGAUGUAAGGAUUGUUCAACAGUUCGACAUUUGGGAUCGAAAGCAGAAAAGCAUGUCCAUGUAUCCAAGGAAUGGAUUUCAUAUUUAGUAACCCCUAAUGGCAGUAAUAAAACUACCAGACAAGCUUCUUUGCGGAAAAAAAUUAGGGAGCAUGAUAUAUCUAAAGCUCAUGGUAAAAUUCAAGAUUUAUUAAAGGAAUCGGUUAAUGAUUCAAUUUCUAAUAUAGUGCCUAAACAAAAUAAUAAAAAUAUUGAUGCUACUGUAAAAGUUUUCAAUACUGUUUACAGUUUAGUAAAACAUAAUAGACCUUUAUCUGAUAUUGAAGGGGCAAUAGAAUUACAGGAGAAAAAUGGAGAGRUCAAUUGUUUAAAUACCCGCUACAGUGCAACAAGAAUAGCAGAACAUAUUGCAAAAGAAAUGAAGAUGAAGAUAUUUAAGAAUAUCAUUGAAGAGAAAGCCAAAAUCUGUAUCAUAAUUGAUGAGGCAUCUACAGUUUCAAAGAAAAGCACCCUUGUGAUUUAUCUCCAGUGCGCAAUUCAGUCAGCUCCUGCACCUGUUACAUUAUUUGUUGCUUUAAAAGAAUUAGUAUCAACAACAGCAGAGUACAUUUUAAAUACAUUAUUGACUACUUUAAAUGAUUAUGGCUUUACAAAUGAAUAUUUGAAAGCAAAUUUAAUUGCAUUUUGUUCUGAUGGUGCUAACCUGAUUCUGGGAAGAAAGUCUGGUAUAGGUACAAAAUUGUUAGAAAAAUUUCCUGAAAUCAUUAUGUGGAACUGUUUAAACCAUCGAUUGCAAUUGUCACUUGAUGAUUCAGUAUCUGAAAUAAAACAAGUUAAUCAUUUUAAGAUAUUUCUUGAUAAAAUUUAUUCUCUUUAUCAUCAACCUAAUACAAAUCAAACCAAGCUAUUAGGAUCUGUAGCUAAAGACCUUGAAAUUGAAAUUAUUAAAAUUGGUCGGGUAAUGGGACCAAGAUGGGCUGCAUGUAGUUUACAAGCUGCUACUGCUGUAUGGCGUGCAUAUCCUGUAUUAUAUAUGCAUUUUUCUAAUUCUUAUUCUGGUUUGGCAGAGAGGUUAGCUAAUACUAAUUUUUUACAAGACCUUGCUUUGAUGAUUGACAUUCUUGAAGAAUUUUCCCUGCUUUCAACUGCAUUACAGUCAAGAUCAACUAAUAUUCAGAAAGCACAAAAAUUGAUCAAACGAACCAUAAGAUCUUUGGAAAAUUUAAAAAUUGAUACUGGAAAAUAUGAAUCACAGGUUGAAGAUUUGAUUAAGUCAGAGAAGUUUAGAGAUAUUCCAUUUAGUAAGAAUAAUAAAUUUAAUGCUCUUCCUAGGAAUAUGUUGCUAGAAAAUAUAAUUCAACACAUGAACUUACGCCUUUUUUCUGAUAGAAACCAUGAUGAAAGUAUUUUUAAUUAUUUUGAUUUGCUAGAACCUUCCACAUGGCCUUAUGAAGAAAUGACUUUACCAUGGACAGCUGGUGAAAAAAAAUUAUCUCAUUUGUGUGAAAUUUUAAAAUACAAAAUUGAUUUGAAUGAUUUUCAGGAAUUUAUAAAUAAUAAUAUAAAAUCAGAUAAUGUUUCAAUUCCUACAACUAUACAAAAAGCUAAGAAGAUAGUUAGCACUAUCGCAGUCAAUAAUGCUGAAGCUGAAAGAGGUUUCAGUUUGAUGAAUAUAAUUUGUACAAGGGUGAGAAAUAGUUUAACAAUAGAUCACAUAUCUGAUUUAAUGACAAUAAAUUUAUUGGGGAAGGAAUUAGCAGAUUGGGAUGCAACUCCAUUUGUAAAAUCUUGGUCAAAUUGCAACCAUAGAUUGGCCACAGAUACAAGAGUUCGGCAAAAAUCAACAAAAGUCUUCUAUGAGAAUUAG